CCCCUGGGUGAAGGCAGCCUGGGCCUUCAAGCUGCAGGGGGGUGCUGGGCCCGGUCCUGCAGGACGGGGACAGGUGCCCGGGGCCAGCUACGGAGCCGCUCAGCCCGUGUCUCCUGCCCAAGCUCCGUCCUGGGUCUCGGGCUGCUGUCUGCAGGUCAGGGAAGUGGCCUGGUCCUGACGUGCCCGGCAUGCCCGGCAGGCCUGGUCUGACUCUACUUCAGCCAGAGCUUGGGGUGCUGAGGCUGCGGAAGCGGGCAGUGUCCUUCCCUCCCCCAGCCCUGCCCACUUGUCCGCUGGUCCCCCACAGGGAGGAAGAUUGGGAUAAUUGAUCUGUCUCCAAUCCCAACUUUCCCAAAAACAGAAGAGCUGGACACGAGAGGUCCAGGUGAAGCCCUCGGAGGUGCCCGGCAGGUGGUAACUGAGGGCAACUGCUUUCUGUAGCAUGGGCCUCGAGGCUACUCAGUCCGGAACAAGCUUCCAGGGGUCAUGAGGAAGGCAGACGGGGGGCACUGACCCCAGCUGUUAGCUGGAGGUGGCCAGUGCCCAAGCCGGGGCAUGUGCUGGCAGACGGUGCCCGGGUGGCCCCAGCUGGUUUCUGAGACCCCGAGUGUUCCUGGGCACGGCAUGUCGCGUGCCUGGCCCUCUCGGUGGCUGCUGCUGUAGGGCCCGCUGCACUGCCUUCCCACGAGGGGCCCCCGAGGCGCCAUGACACGUGCUGUGUUCUUCCUCAGGGGUUCCUGGUGCACGGGGGUCCCAGCUCCCAUGGCUGCAGCCAGCGUGACGCCCCCCGACUCCCUGGAAGUGCUGCAGCCGGGCUACUCCACGAGCCUCCUGGGCACCAAGUUGGAGGCCAAGUACCUGUGCUCGGCCUGCGGGAACGUGCUGCGGCGGCCCUUCCAGGCCCAGUGCGGCCACCGCUACUGCUCCUUCUGCCUCAGCGGCAUCCUCAGGUGCGGCGGGCGCCGGGUGAGCUCCGGGCCCCAGAACUGUGCCGCCUGUGUCCGUGAAGGCAUCUAUGAGGAAGGCGUUUCUGUCUUAGAAAGCGCUUCAGCUUUUCCAGAUAACGCUGCCCGCAGAGAAGUGGAGAGCCUGCCGGCCAUCUGUCCCAACGACGGGUGCACCUGGAGGGGCACCCUGAAAGAGUACGAGAGCUGCCACGAGGGACAAUGCCUGUUCCAGCUGACCGAGUGCCCCGCCUGCAAAGGCCUGGUCCGCCGCUGCGAGAAGGAGCGCCACGCCCAGCACGAGUGCCCCGAGCGGAGCCUGAGCUGCCGGCACUGCCAGGCCCCCUGUGGCCGGGCCGACACGGAGGCACACCAUGCCAUCUGCCCCAAGUUCCCCCUGACCUGUGAGGGCUGCGGCAAGAAGAAGAUCCCCCGUGAUAAGUUACAGGAGCACGCCAAGACGUGUGGCAAGUGCCGGGUCCCUUGCAGGUUCCACGCCAUCGGCUGUCAUGAGGUGGUGGAACUGGAGAAGCAGCAGGAGCACGAGGCCCAGCGGCUGCGGGAGCACCUGGCCCUGCUGCUGGCCUCGGUGCUGGACGCCAAGCCCCUGCUGCGGGACUGCUGCCCGGAGGAGCCCGAGCUCCUGCAGAGGUGCCAGGCGCUCGAGAGCAAGACGGCCACCUUCGAGAACAUCGUCUGUGUCCUCAACCGGGAGGUGGAGAGGGUGGCCAUGACCGCCGAGGCCUGUGGCCGACAGCACCAGCUGGACCAGGACAGGAUUGAAGCCCUGAGCAAUAAGGUGCAGCAGCUGGAGCGGAGCCUGGGCCUCAAGGAUCUGGCCCUGGCCGACCUGCAGCAGAAGGUCCUGGAGAUGGAGGCAUCGACCCACGACGGAGUCCUCAUCUGGAAGAUCUCAGACUUCGCCAGGAAGCGCCAGGAGGCCGUGGCUGGCCGCACGCCCGCCAUCUUCUCCCCAGCCUUCUACACCAGCAGAUACGGCUACAAAAUGUGCUUGCGCAUCUACCUGAACGGCGACGGGACCGGACGGGGCACACACCUCUCGCUGUUCUUCGUGGUGAUGCGGGGCCCCCAUGAUGCCCUCCUGCGUUGGCCCUUCAACCAGAAGGUGACCCUGAUGCUGCUUGACCACAACAACCGGGAGCACGUGAUCGACGCCUUCCGGCCAGACGUAACAUCUUCGUCCUUCCAGAGACCCGUCAGCGACAUGAACAUUGCCAGCGGCUGCCCGCUCUUCUGCCCCGUCUCCAAGAUGGAGGCCAAGAACUCGUACGUGCGUGAUGACGCCAUCUUCAUCAAGGCCAUCGUGGACCUGACAGGCCUCUAGGUGCCUCCCGCGGGAGGCCAGGCAGCUGGGCGGGCGUGCUGCAGCACGAGCGAGCAGGGCGAGCGGGCCGGGCGGCCAGGGAGGGCCUCGGCCCAGGGCCGCGCACGGCGUCCCUCGGCAGCCGAUGCGGUGGGACUAGCUGAGGGUCCCCCAGCACCCCAGGAAGACGCCCAGAGGAGAGCGAGGCUUCCAAGCAGCAGGAAGGGGUGCUGUGUGCCCCGAGACCCGGGCCCCAGAGCCGAGAAGCCAGGAGCCGCCCCUGGGGAGCAGGUGCUUGGAGCCAGGCCGGCGUCUGGGGGAGUCUGUCCACAGGGCCCAGCAGGCGGGCUGGCUGUGGGCGGUCAGUAAACCGUGAAUGUCUGAGCCUUC